UACAAAAAUGUGUCCCUGGUAGUUUUGUUUUUCCUCUCUGCCAGUAUCAGUGAGUGCUUUUGCAUUCCUAGUCUGUUACCUCUUAGUCCCCAAAUCAGUUUUAGGGAGCUGAAGGGCCAUUUGUAGGGCCCAGACUGCUCUGACUCCAUGGCUUUCCCUGAGGAGAAGAGAGGCAGAAGAGGAUGCAAUGUGCCAAAGCUGAUGGCAGAUCUGGAGAAUAAACCCCUCAUCCUCCCUGGCUGGUGGUGUUUGGUACGACGGGCUCAGUCUGGAAGGCUGGUAUUUCAAAAGUGCAAAGUGCAGUUCUCCUCUGCCUGUGUGACUCCAAACAAGGAGCUCUUAAAGCAGACUAUGUUUUGAUGCUUAUUUUCAAAUCACGACUUGACAGGAGUCAGCUCAUGGGGCAUUCUGAAUGGGAUCACAAACGAGGACCCAGAGGCUCACAGUCUUCUGGCACCAGUAUCACCGUGGAUAUCGCUGUCAUGGGAGAGGCACAUGGGCUCAUCACAGACCUUCUGGCCGAUCCCUCGCUGCCCCCCAACGUGUGCACAUCGCUGAGAACAGUGAGCAACCUGCUCAACACACAGCUAACCUUCCAGGCCAUCCACAAGCCAAGGGUGAAUCCCCUGGUGUCCUUCAGUGAGAACUACACCUGCUCCGACUCGGAGGAAUGUCCGGAGAAAGAGAAAUUAGCUAUUCCCAAGCGCUUGCGGAGAAGUUUGCCUCCGGGACUGCUGAGACGAGUGUCCUCAACUUGGACCACAACAACAUCAGCCACAGGACUGCCCACUCUGGAGCCAGCUCCAGUGAGGAGGGACCGCAGUGCCAGCAUCAAACCUCACGAAUCAUCUUCAUCCAGCUCUGACUCCUGGAACAGCUCCAUUCUGAUGACAAUCACAAAGAGCAGGUCCUUCUCCACCUCCUACGCCGUGUCCUCUACCAACCACCUGAAUGCCAAAAGGCAGAGCCGGCAAGGUAUCCCACCCAAUAUUUCACCUCUCACCUCCCCGUGCCAUUCACCGAUUCAGGGGACGCCUGCCACAAGUCCUACUGGAAAAACAUCUUCUGUGUCGUUUCCAGAGCCUACAGAAACUGACACCAAGCAGGGCUUAAAGCCACACAAAGUCUUAACUUCCACUCAGAGUGCACCUACCCUGUCAGACCCUAUUAUCAGCCCCUCCAUCAUCUGCAGCAGCUGUGGCAGACCCUACAACCAAAUAGAAGCUGGUGAUGGGACACUAAAUAGAAAUGAUGCUACUACACACACCCUGAACAGAACAGAUGAUCCUGCUCAAGCCACUUCUGACUACGAGACCAACAACAGCGACAGCAGUGACAUCGUGCAGAACGAUGACGACACAGAUUGCUCCAAGGAGCAGCCGCGGAAGGGAUCCAGCUGUAGGUCCUACACGCCCGAGACCAUCAUCCUGCAUCCCUUGAUACCACCUGAGGACAAGCCUGUACUGGCUCCUGAGCCUCUGGUUAUGGACAACUUGGAUCCCCUGAUGGAGCAGCUAAAUAAUUGGAACUUCCCAAUCUUUGAUUUGGUGGAAAAAAUUGGGAAGAAAUGCGGUCGGAUUCUCAGUCAGGUAUCAUACAGGCUUUUUGAAGACAUGGGGCUGUUUGAAACCUUUAAAAUACCAGUGAGGGAAUUUAUGAACUACUUUCAUGCCUUGGAGUGUGGAUACCGAGAGAUACCUUAUCACAACCGAAUCCAUGCCACUGAUGUCCUACACGCCGUGUGGUACCUUACAACCCAGCCCAUCCCAGGACUCCCAACUGUGAUCAAUGACCACGGGUCAGCAAGUGAUUCAGAUUCUGACAGUGGAAUCACUCACGGCCAUAUGGGCUAUGUGUUUUCGAAGACGUACACGCCUACAGAUGACAGCUACGGGUGCCUGGCUGGCAACAUCCCUGCCCUGGAGCUGAUGGCUCUUUAUGUAGCUGCAGCCAUGCAUGAUUAUGAUCACCCAGGAAGGACCAAUGCCUUCUUGGUAGCAACGAGUGCUCCUCAGGCGGUGCUGUACAACGACCGCUCCGUGCUGGAGAACCACCACGCUGCUGCUGCCUGGAACCUCUUCAUGUCCAGGCCAGACUACAACUUCCUGGUCAACCUGGACCACGUGGAGUUCAAGCAUUUCCGCUUCCUCGUCAUUGAGGCCAUUCUGGCGACUGACCUGAAGAAACAUUUUGAUUUCGUUGCCAAAUUCAACGCCAAGGUGAACGAUGAUGUUGGAAUUGACUGGACCAAUGAGAACGACCGCUUGCUGGUUUGUCAGAUGUGCAUCAAACUGGCUGACAUCAAUGGGCCUGCAAAAUGCAAAGACUUGCAUCUGCAGUGGACAGAAGGCAUCGUCAAUGAGUUUUAUGAGCAGGGCGAUGAAGAGGCCAGCCUGGGCCUGCCAAUCAGUCCUUUCAUGGACCGCUCUGCUCCUCAGCUGGCACACCUCCAGGAAUCCUUCAUCACUCACAUCGUGGGACCACUGUGUAACUCCUACGACUCCGCGGGGCUGAUGCCAGGAAAAUGGAUAGAAGAUAGUGAUGAAUCAGGAGACACCGAUGAGCAAGAGGAGGAGGAAACAGCAGAAAUGGAAACUUGUGAAAACGCCGAAUCCAGAAAGAAGAAGUUCAAGAGGAGGAAAAUCUACUGUCAGAUCACUCAGCACCUGCUUCAGAACCAUAAGAUGUGGCAGAAAGUGAUUGAGGAUGAGGAGAGGUUAGCUGGGUCGUCAGAGAAGCAAGGCACGGAGCAAUCCCCACUGCACCAAUCUUCAGAACAAAUCCAGGCCAUCAGGGAAGAGGAGGAGGAGAAAGGGAAGGCCAAGAAGGAUGAAGAGGAGAACACAACUGUAGAACCAAACCAAUGACAAUAUUUACAGCAGUAUUUUAAGACAGAUUGACUCGUGCACAGACUCUUUCUCAAGCCAGCACAGCAUUUAGACACAACACUGUAGAAGUAUGGGAUAAUGCGCCUACAGCUGUUAAUUUGUUUCUCUUUCCUUUUUAUGGUGAGGUACAUUGUUUAAACUCCUAUGCUCAAGGAAGCUUUCACACUGCAACACCGGCUUUACAGACUUUCUUUGAAGAGAUUUGGGGGUGGGUGGAAUUAUAUAAAUAUAUAUAUAUAUUUAGCGCCAGGG